AUUGAACAAUCAGUUUGAAACGGCAAUUAAAUACUACGAGCAAGCCUUGGAAAUUGCAAAAGAACGAAAAGAUCGACUGCAGGAGACAAGGGCAUACCUUGGGUUAGGACAUGUUUAUAGAUUGAACAAUCAGUUUGAAACGGCAAUUAAAUACUACGAGCAAGCCUUGGAAAUUGCAAAAGAACGAAAAGAUCAAAAUCAGGAGACAACGGCAUACCUUAGGUUAGGAUUGGUUUAUAGAUUGAACAAUCAGCUUGAAACGGCAAUUAAAUACUACGAGCAAGCCUUGGAUAUUGCAAAGGAACUAGAAAAUAAACAAAAAGGAAAUAGGGCGAGGAAUGCAAUUGAAGAAUUGUCACUGAGAAUUGCAGGUAUGUGACUUUGAGGUGUAGGCAUUUGAAUGUCCUGGUUGGUUAGCCCAUGGUUUUUUACAAAAAUUAAAUGUUCAAAGUUUCUGCAAAUUAACAAAAACGUAUCAGCAAUAGAAACACAAGGCGGAUCCUAGUUAAAAAUAUUAUUGCCCAGCAAAUAAUUCGUAAAAGAGGCAUAUUCAAAAAAACAUUUGGUAUAUAAAAAAAUAUUUAUUAAAGUGCCUAUAUCACUUGUGUGACCUUUAUGGAUUCGAAAAGAGUGUAAAAAGUUAGUUAAUAAGUUCAAAAGAUUUUUUGGAUUUGGUGCAAUAAUUUCGAAGAUACAGGCCUUUAAACUACCUACACUUCCUGAGUCCCAGGCUCCUAUUGACAAUGGACAGUUUCGAAAAAGGCCGAAUUCAAUAGCCGUGUUUAGACCCCAGGAGCAUGGGACUCAGGAACUGUAGGUAGUUCAGAGGCCUGUAUCUUCGAAAUUAUUGCACCAAAUGAAAAAAAUCUUUUGAACUUAUUAACUAACUUUUUACGCUCUUUUCAAAUCCAUAAAAGUCCCACAAGUGUUAUAGGCACUUUAAGCAACGUCACAUGUUACCAGCGACAUCAUCAGACUAAUGUGUUCGGUUCAAGUAAAAAUUCGAGAUUACCUUAAACUUAGUAAGAAUUAUUUGAGAAGUCCUAAGGGGAAACUCUUCCCUGGAACAGGGGGUUUCCUGUUUCGCAGAAGCUAUGGCCUGCACUCAAGCGUUGGUAGUCUAAGCUGAGUAUCAGGCUCUAUUUUACAAAUAAUAGCCUGACACAACCCUUAAUCCAAUCAAGAGCGAAUACCCUGCCGGGGAAGGAGGUUGAAUCCGAUCGCUUUCCACCCACAGCAAUGUUUAUAUAUUGACCUUAUCUUUACCUCUAAGGAAGAUAAUGUUAUUAAAUCAGGCGUGCUAGAUAUUGGGAUGAGUGACCAUUCGCCAAUUUUUAUCUCUAGAAAAAUUAAUUCCAGGAUCUCAAUUAAACAACGUUUACAUACAACGAUUAGUUAUCGCAGGAAGAAAGAUUUUAUUGCGACUAAUUUUGGCAAUGACCUUGUUGAAGAAAUCCCGUUAAGCCUUUACGAAAUCUUUGAUGAUCCAAACGAUCUAUUAGACUGUUGUUACUCUCACUUUAGUGAAAAUUUUGGAUAGGCAUGCACGUUUAAUAAAACGUGGAGUCAGACAUAACAAACUGCCGGGGUUGUUUAAUUCUGAAGUACGUUGCUUUAGCCUCAAAAGAGACUUUUUUUUAAAGCAAUUUCAAAAACCAAAAACUCCGACACAUGGUGUACCUACAAAAAGUGGAGAAAUAGAACUGUUCAUAUUAUUAAAAGUCAAAAGAGGACUACUGUAAGAACCUCCUGACUGAUAAUGUACAUAAUCCCCAACAAUUAUGGAAGAUUCUAAAAGAUAUCUUGCCGACCAAUGACACUGUCUCCCCAAUAACACUUAACAUUAAUUGCAAGGAGAUCAGCGAUCCUAUCGAGGUUGGCGAUCUCUUUAAUGAAUACUUCUCCUUUAUUGCAGACAACUUUGAUAUCAGUUUACUAAACAACCCAAUUAAUACUCAUUUACCAAUUGCAACAAAUCAUAUUAAGUUUACAAUUCCACUGAUAACAAUCGAUGACAUACUAAAUCUUGCAGCCGAAUUAGAUCAGAACAAGUCAACCGGUCUUGUUGGUAUUCCUGCCCACUUCAUCAAAUCCUCAAUUCAUUCCAUUGCACCCAUAAUACUUCGCAUUUGUAAUAUGAGAAUUGAAAAUGUCGUCUUUCCCAACAUGUGGAAGAAAGCUAGACUGAUUCUAAUCUAUAAAGCUGAAACACGUACUGAGAGAGACAAUUACAGGCCCAUUUCUAUAUUACCGAUUCUAUCUAAACCACAGCGAGCCCCACUAUGAGUUAUGAUUGAAAUAAUAUUGUAUUUAUUUUUAAAAACAUAUAUACUUGAAUCCCUUGAUAAUCGAUUAUUUCUUUUCUCGAAAUUCUGUAAACAUUUUAAACUGCUUGAAUCAUUAUACUAUCACUCUACAUGAACUAUAGAUGAUCGCUGACAAGUAAAGACCGCGGGCGCGAAAAGACGAAGGCGGCGAAGGAAGGGAGAAUUAAACUAAAGGGUUGAAACAUCGACGACAUAACAUUUCUAAAUGCCUUAAAAUUCGCAAUUUCUUUGUGUUUUCGAAUAUUUUUUGCAAAUUCUAUGUCCUCUUGAGCAUAUCUUCACAACUGAUGUAGUAGAUUCAAUAAACGAUUGAUUUUUCGUAUGUGUUUACAUGAAACACUUGAAGGGUUUUUUCGCACAAUGCGUUCCAUAAGUAGGUUGUUCUCGUGACGUCAAGCAUAAUGAGUCCGAGCCAUUUAAAAGGUUUACAGAACUUCGAGAGAAGAAAUCAUGGAUGAUCAAGGGAUUCAAGUAUGUUUAAAAAAAAUGCAAUAUUAUUUCAAUCCUUAAGCCUGUUUUCCACUAGGCGGUAUUUUGCGCGCGGAGCGGAAUCUUUCUUUGUCUUUUCUAAUUAGUUCCACCCGAGAAAUCACCAGACGAAGAAGAAUUCCGCUCCGCGCGCAAAAUUCCGCCUAAUGGAAAACCGGCUUAACUCACAUUGGAGCCCCGUGCGAAAUUGCCGGAGAACAACCUACUUAUGGAACACCGAACUCAUCUAACGAUGACCCGCCGAAGUUUCAACCCUUUAGUCAAUCUCGUUCCCAGAGUAUGCCUGUUCGCGGGUUAGGUAGUGGCACGCCACUACCUAACCCGCGAACAGGCAUACUGUGGGAACGAGAUUGCCCUUUAGUUUAAUUCUCCCUUCUUUCGCCGCCUUCGUCUUUUUGCGCCCGCGGUCCUUACUUGUCAGCGAUCAUCUAUACUUCAUGUAGAGUGAUAGUAUAAUGAUUCAAGCAGUUUUAAAAUGUUUACAGAAUUUCGAGAGAAGAAAUAAUCGAUUAUCAAGGGAUUCAAGUAGGUUUUUAAAAAUAAAUACAAUAUUAUUUCAAUCAUAACUCAUAGUGGGGCUCCCUGUGUCUAAACUCCUCGAACGACAUGUUGCCAACUCAUAUGUAAAAUUCCUCACAGAAAAUGAUAUUCUAUCGAGUUGCCAGCAUAAUUUUCGAGCCAUCACUCUUGUGAAUCUACUCUAAUAUUGAUCUGUGAACACCUUCUCGAUAACACUGAGCAAGGUUUAUUUAAUGGUAUAGCUCUAAUUGAUCUCUCCAAAGCAUUUGACCUGGUCGAUCAUAGAUUGCUACAGCAGAAAUUAGAACAAUACUGCAUUACUCCAAUAGCUUUAAAAUGGUUUAAAUCGUGUCUAAAUGAUCGUUACCAAGUAGUACAAAUUGCAUCAUCCCUAUCCAACCCAGCUCUGAUAAAGUCUGGUGUGCCUCAAGGAUCUAUACUAGGACCAAUUCUCUUUCUUAUCUUUAUUAACGAUUUACCCAGUUACGUUGGAAGUUUUAAGCCUUUUUUAUUUGCCGAUGACUCUACACUAAUAUCCUCCGGAUCGGAACUUCACGAACUUAGUGUCUCUCUAGUUUAUUCAAUUCUUUGCCUUCUGAAUUAAAAGAUAUUGAAAAUUACUCAAUUUAUUCUUAAGAAAGAAGCUCAAAACCUAUUUUAUUCAAUUGAAUUAUGAAGUAGAUCACGUUAAUAAAUUCCGCUGCAUCGAUUGCAAGCAUAUUACUCAUGCAUUGUCAAUGUUACUCUCAAUAGGAUUUUCUUUUUAUAUAUUACUAUUAGACAUCGUGGGCCAUUGGGAAGAAUACUAUAUUAAGUAAUCAAUGCAUGUAAUCCCUCAUUAAAUAAAUUUUUAUUAGCAGGAGAAAUUUAAAUUUCACACAGCAACAACAACAAUCUAUAAUUAUAGAUUUCUAGUUGUGAUCACUAUAAAAUAUAUCACCAUAAUAGUAUAAUCUAAUUAGCACCAACCAAUCAAAUGUCAGAUUAAAAAAUCUUUUGUCUCAUAUACCAAUCAGAUUUACAAUCGAAAUACGGUUGUACGACAUGGACUUUUGUCAAGGUUUGUAUCAGGCCUAUUUAUUUGUUUAUAGGCCUGCAUCGGGGUCAGUGCUGACCAAGCUUGAAAACCUAAAACUGGCCUGACACCAGAAAACCUCUGGCUUUGAACCCAGGGUAGGGUAACUCAGUAUAUACAGUGGCGUAACGGAGGAACAGGGGGUCCUUAGACAUAUUUGGUGUGGGGGCCCCUGUUGACUGUUGUUAUUGUUUGACUGAAAUAUUAUAUUUAGCUAUAUCGAAUAUUUAUAGAAUGUUCUGGAAAAUUCCGUGUCUAUAACAACAACAGUCUCCAACAGAGCUAAGGGUCCGAUUACAUGGAGCACUUUCAGGGGCCGUUUGUAAGGUCCCUCUUACCCGGGAUUCAAUAAAGUGUGACAUAUUUUGAGCAAUUGAAAUAAGUCGAUCGCACUUCAAGAUCUAACAAAAUUGCUUGUUACAAAUUGUAUGAAAUUCCAUGUUUCAAACAAAAAACAAAUGUUUUGAAUGCUAUUAAUCGUCUUGUUCCACUAGCGUGUUCCAACAAUAUUUAAAGUUAUCGAACUUUUGUUUAGGGCUGAAAUAUGUAUUUCAGUUGCUCAAAAUACGUCACACUUCAUUGAAUCCCGAGUAAGCGGGACCAUAUAAACAGCCCCUCAACCCCGGGGUUGAACUCAGCCCUGCUAACCGGGUUGAAAUUUUUUGCGAUUACAUGGACGAUUUCAACGUUCCCUGCAUUGAUUCCCGGAAGUAAAAGACGGCUCCAUAGCCUCCAUUUUGUUUUCUUGUAACAAAUAUAGUCACUACCACGCAUGCUCGAAUAACUCAUAAAUAAUUUCAUCCGUGGAUUGAAACGAUUACACGUCAAAAUUUUCAACCCAGGGACGAGUUUUCCCUGUUGGCAGAGGCUCAACCCAGGGUUGAAAUUUCAACCUGCUAGCUACAAUCAUGGCCAAAAGUUUGUGGAACGCAAGCUAAUUAGUAGGUAUAAAGGCGCGCGAGUUGUAAUAUUUUCACAGAUUUCGCAAAAAAUGAACUCCCCCGAGCCCCCUUUCCAAUGUUGUUGCUAGCGUUGAUGAAUGAGAUUGUGUGAUGCUUAUUCCGAGCGGAAAAUAAUUCCAAACAACAUUGAAUAGGGGGGAGGGGGGGUUAUUAUUCAAAUUAAAGGUAAAAACAUGAAAUCUCACUUUGCGUUCCACAAUUUCAACCGAGGGGUUGAACUAGGCCCUGGAUUGAAAAUUUUGUCAUGUAAUCGCGCGUUUGAUUUUGAUAGAGUUUUGUAUUACAGACAGGGUUAAAUUAAAUUCAUCCCGGUCAACAGUGCUGAGUUUAACCCCGGGGUUGGAAAUGCUCUAUGCCAUCGGCCCCUGAUAAGAAUAAUAUUUGUUUUAUUUAAGAUGGAAUAACAAAAUCAGUUACCGUUGUUGAUGGAGGCUUUAUUAUUUUAAUAGCGUUAUUAAUUUUGCAUUUUCCCAUAGAUUCGUGACCUGCAUUUUUAACGUUUUCUAAUUUUCUGGGUGAUAGGCCGUGGCUGAUGGGGUCCCUAACUGUCGGGGGCCCUUAGUUUUUGAACUAACCCUACCUAAUGAGCGUUACGCCAAUGAGUAUAUAAUCCCAAAGUUAAGCCCGAGUUUAGCAAACCGUCGCAUGCAGCUACUCAUGGAGAUCUUGAGUAACAAUUUUCCAUUUUUUGUAUUUAUUUACAGCUUGGAUAAAUAUAACGCAAAUAUUCAUGCAAUGCAAAGACGGGAACACAACAACAGCUUAAAUCAAAGCAAUUAUACUGUGGGCCCAUAUAUUGACACAAAGCUUCAAUGUUUAUCUAGAGCAUUUUUGGGGGUUCUUUCUGGCUGCGUUGCUCUCUGGCUCAAACUCUUUCCUUGCUUUGACGUUCAAAAUCGCUGGAAUAAUCAAUAAUUUAAUAUGACUGUAAUUGUAUUCUUUAUAUUUAGAUGCAGUCAAUGAUGAUUAUAAUAAUAGCGUUCAAAACUCUAAUUCAUCAGACGACGCUCAACUUCAUGUUGAAACUGUUGAUAAUGUGGAACAAGCAGACAUCGAAAACGGACGUAUCACUGAUCGUAGAAUUGCGGCUGCAGAACAAUUAUUAAUCUUGGGACGUUCUUGUCAAACGGAAGGUCGAAGUGAGGAAGCCAUCAAAAGAUACGAACAAGCAAUUGUAAUUGCGGAUGAAAUAGGUCAUAAUGAUAUCAAAGCAAAAGCUUAUCAACAAUUGGGAAACGUAUUUACUGGAACUUCCAAGUAUAAGAAAGCAAUCGAAUAUUAUGAAAAGGCACGUCAAAUAUCUCCACGGCUCAAAGGAGAUGAGAUAGAAGUAAUAGCAUAUCAAUGGUUAGGUUACAACCACCUGCAAGCUGGUCAGUACCAAGAUUCCAUAGAAUAUUACAACGAAGUCGUAAGACUUGCCCUACAGCUUGGAUGCAAAACGAGAGAGUUUAAUGCUAGCAUAGGGUUAGGAAGUGCGCUCAGUCAUAUUGGCGACUUUGAAUCCUCAGAAGAGUAUUUCUUAAAAGCCAUCACAGUGGCAAAACAGCUCAACCACAAAUGUCUUGAAAAAGAAGCUCAUACAAAUCUAGGACAUGUACAAUACAAAAGUUGUCAGUUUAAUGCUGCUGUCCAAUCGUAUCUCAAAGCUGAAGAAAUUUCUCAUGAUCUUGGUGAUAGAAACGAAGAAGCAAGCGCAUGUCUCAUGCUCGGCCAUAUCUUUCGACAAUUAAAGAAACACGAAAAAGCCAUUAAAUCUUACAAGAAAGCGUUAAGCAUUAACACAGAAAUAAAGGGUAAAGAAAUGCAAGGGGUUUGUUUUGAGAAAGCUCUGGAGGGAAUUAUCAAUGAAUGGUGCGGCUACUGCUGCCUUUAUAUUGCUGGUCAACGACAAGAAGCAAUAACAUCUUACAAGAAUGCGAAAGAAAUUGCCAAACAAGUUGGAGAAAAAUAUCAAGAAUAUCGCACAAACCAAGCCAUCGCAAAUAUCCUCUGCAACAUUGGUAAUUAUGAAAAGUCGAAGGAAUAUUACCAAGAAGCUUUGACAAUUGCUGUGGAACUUGGUGAUAGACAUUGUGAAGGAACAUCGUGUUUGAAUUUGGCAACAGUUUGCGGGAAAGAUUGUGAUUACGAGAUGGCAAUAGAAUGGUAUGAAAAGGCACUGUAUAUUGUUAGAACGCAUGUUAAUGAUGAUAUUCUAAAAAAGAAGGCUUUAACAGGUUUGGGCAUUGCCUGGUUCAAACUUGGAGAUACUAAAAAGGCGAUUGAGGAGAUUCAAGAAGCUCAAAAGUUGACUAAGGAUAGUGACACAGGUAAUUAUUUUUGACUUACGUAAUAUUGUAUAUAUUUGCAUGUUUUGAAAUUUUGAAGAAAA